AUGAGGGAGCGAGGAUUGGGGUUAUCACUGCUAAGUAGGCUGCGACUGCCAGUUCUUUUCUCCCGUAUCCGCCAUUAUCAGUGUGGGAAGAUCAUGGCGAAGAGCAAGUUCGAAUACGUGAGACACUUCGAAGCCCCGGACACGUGUCUGCCGAACUGCUGGGUGGUGGUGAGGGUGGACGGCAGGAACUUCCACAGAUUCUCUGAGGAGCACAAUUUCGUCAAACCCAACGAUGCCCGCGCUCUGCACCUUAUGAAUCGCUGCGCCCAGAAUGUACUUUAUGAAAUAAAAGACAUAUGUCUGGCUUACGGGCAAAGUGAUGAAUAUAGCUUUGUCUUUCACAAGAAAUCACACUGGUAUAAAAGACGGGCAAGCAAGUUUAUGACGCACGUGGUCUCACAGUUUGCCUCCAGCUACGUCUACUACUGGAAGGAAUUCUUUCCGGAACAGCCAAUCCUCUAUCCCCCAGGCUUUGAUGGAAGAGUGGUGUUGUACCCCAGUGAAGAAAACCUUAAGGAUUACCUAAGCUGGAGACAGGCUGACUGUCACAUCAACAACUUGUACAAUACUGUGUUCUGGAUGCUGGUACAGAAGGGAGGAUUAACUCCAGCUCAAGCUCAGGAUAAGCUAAAGGGAACGCUUGCUGCCGAUAAGAAUGAAAUCCUGUUUUCAGAGUUCAACAUUAACUACAACAAUGAGCCACUGCUCUUCAGGAAAGGCUCAGUCAUAAUAUGGAAUAAGGUCAAUUUCGUCGGCAAGAAAGUAAUAAAGUUACCAGAUGACGCAGAGGAGAAAGAAGUGGAGGUGUCACGCGUGCGCAAACAAACUGAGAUUUUGCACUGUGAUAUAAUUGGUGAGACGUUUUGGGAGGAGCAUCCGGAUCUCAUUUCUGCUGAAAGCUGAUUGGAUGGAUGGUGCGAUGGCCUAUUUAUAUGCUGCUGGGAGCAUGGACCACAUUACAUUUAUACAGAGCUGGACUGAUCCUAUUUGUUUUAAUUAUGUAAAACGAUUUAAAGUUGUCUUUUAAAAUAAAGGAUUUUCUUUGCUAA